AUGUUGUCAUAUGCUUUAUUGGGUUAUCGAACGACCAUCAGAACAUCGAUUGGAGCUACUCCAUACUUGCUAGUGUACGGAACAGAAGCAGUCAUACCUUCUGAAGUUGAGAUACCAUCCUUGAGAAUCAUCCAAAAAGCUGAGUUGAGUAAAGCUGAAUGGGUAAGCAAGCGGAUGGACCAGUUAACUUUGAUUGAUGAGAAGAGAAUGGUUGCCGUCUGUCAUGAUCAACUAUAUCGACAAAGAAUGAUUCGUGCUUUUCACAAGAGAGUAAGAGCCAGAAUUUUUGAAAUCGGUCAGUUGGUCCUUAAGGGCAUUUUUCCUCAUCAGGACGAGUAUAAAGGAAAAUUUGCACCGAAUUUGGAAGGGCCUUACAUGGUUCACGAAGUAUUAUCUGGAGGUGCCUUUGUCCUCUCGGAGAUGGAUGACACCGCAUGGCCGAAACUGGUCAAUUUAGAUGUUGUCAAGAGAUAUUAUGUGUGA